AGACGGGAGCUUUGUGUCAGGGAUCUUUCGCGGCGAGCCUCCCGUUGGGUGAGCGAAGGACUUGGCGCAGGCUCUGGAGGGAUUCGGCCAUGUGAUUGGCUCCCACACAGUGUGUCGAGUGGUGUGCGUUUGGAAGUUGGGGGGGGGGGCAUGUGAGGUCUUGCGUAGCCCCCCCAGAAACCCCCCGUCAUUCUCAAGCGAUUCAUGCUCGUGCUCGAGCCAAUUUUUCUUCUUUUCCACUUCGCUCCAUCUCCGCCCUCCAUCCACCCAUCUCCUCUCCAUCAGCUGGAGCUUUUCUCCAUCUCUUUUUCCCCAGGCCUGUCAUCGCCACUCUCUCCCCUCCACAUUUGCGCAUCAUCGUUCACCACCCCUCCAAUCCAUCGUGCCCGUACUUACCUUUUCAUCGCGUCUCUCCCCACGCGCGCCUCGUUUUUUUGUUUGUAGCCUGCCCGCAUCGCCCGCCCACCCAGUCACCCCGAAAGCUACCAGGUGCUGGGAGGAAUUGGUCCUGGGCGCAUUUAUUUACACUUCAGCCGGCCAGAAGGACACCACCGGGCACCAGGCCAAGUCAACCCCACCCGCUGGACGGAGCCUUCCCUUUGACACACAGGCACAAGACCUCCGUAUCACUCCACGCUCCGAGAGCUUCCUCCCUCCUCUUGCUCGUUCAUCUCAACUCUCUCUUUCUCUCUCCGUCUGAAUAGCUUUCACCUUGGCACGCGACCGGUCGUUCAUCAGCGACAAUGACUGAGGUAUCGGCUACUCGUCUUUACCUGGGCAAUCUGCCUCGGAAUGCUACCAAAGCCGAUAUCGAAGCUCACUUCUCCACCCAUGGCACCGGUGACAUUGCUGAGAUCAAGCUCAUGAACGGCUUCGGCUUCAUCGAGUACAAGGAUCCCAUGGAUGCACGCGAUGUUGUUCCAGCAUUCCAUGGUUCGACCUUCCUUGGCGAGCGCUUGACUGUCCAGUUCGCCCGUGGUAACCGACACCGCGAAAACAAUGGCGGCGGCGGCGGCGGCGGAUUCAACAACGACCGCAGCAGUGCCCCCCGGCCGCGCCGCACACCGCACCGCUUGCAGAUUUCGGGACUUCCCCCAGACACCAGCUGGCAGGAUCUCAAAGACUUUGCUCGCACACCCGGCCUUGAUGUCGUCUACAGCGAAACGGGGCGCAACGGCAGUAGCGAAGGAUUUGUCGAGUUCGAGACGGCUGCCGACCUCCGCACAGCUGUUGAGAAGCUGAACGAGCGCGACUUCAAAGGUGUUCGCGUCACUUGCACUGCCAACACUCAGGCUGACAUUCCCCGUGGAGACCGCGGGCGAUCCAUGUCACCUCGUCGCGGGCCGGGCCGCAUGAAUGACUACGACCGCCGGGGUCCGCCUCGCGCAUACAGUCCCCACCGCAACGGGGACUACAGGCCUGAUUACCGCGACCGGUCCCCUGUUCCUCGGCGCGAUUACUACGAGGACCGUGCCAGGCCCUACCGCUCCCCUCCCCGCCGUGGACCCCCAAUGGAUGACUACCCACCGGCGCGCCGCUACGAUGACCCCUAUCGUGGGCCGCCCCGGGACUACCCUCCUCCUGACCCGUACAUGAAUGGCGGCGGACGGCCCUAUGAUCGUCCUCCUCCUCCUCGGGACUUUGCUCCGCGGGACCCCUAUGUCCGGGAGCCCUACCCUCGGGAGUAUGAUCGGCGUUAUUAGGCGACGCCGUCACACCAACUUCCAUGGACCCUACAUCACCUCGCGAUAGGUCUAAACAGCUCGAUGUAGGUUCUUCCCAGCAUGGAUAUAGGUCCCCUGAACCCUCAAUAUAGCCCACCUCGGGAUAAGCCCAAGGCGCCUCUGAAGAAGCCUGUGUCGCCUGUCUCGUCUCGACAUAGCCCUCGACGCAGUCCUCGGUCAUCUGGAUCUGAAUCUUUGACAAUCAGAUCUGAGUUUCCAAAAGUCGGAACUCCUCCCGGUGAUAUCUCUCCUUGAAGUCUUCUUGAGCAAUUGUAUGGAGCAUGUUGUUUUGGUCAGUGGUGUGCAGCCCUUUCGGCAAGCAGUCAUGAUUGGAUUGGAUGGUUUUGGCUUGGGUCAGAGACGGCACAAUUGGGCGAGUUUCGGCUCAGAAGCUCUCUGUUGUUAUUCGGAAGGCGUUGCACGGUUGAGCUCUGGAUCAGUUUGUUAUUGUGGGAGUCUUUCUCUUGGUCGGUCUUUGAAAAGUAUUAUCGGCGAUGGCUUCUCUCGUGGUCACACACUGUUCGUGUUACCCUCGACUUUCCUUGGCCUGGAUCGGGACCGGCUGGACGACGAUGGAGUUAUCGGAAACGCAACGCGGCAACGUGUGGUAAUGAUAGUUUUGAUGGGAUUCGUCCUGGUCUUUCAUGUACGCUUAGGCGAUGGGUUUCGGUAGUUUUCAAUUGAUUUUGUAGUUUUCACUUUUGCGCUGUGAUAGUAGUGACAGUAGUGAUCGUCAGUGAUUCGAUAUCAU